AUGGCUCCCGCUGCUACUACCAGGUCUAAGAACGCGGCCAAACGAGUCACCCCCGCCUCCAAGGUCAUCAAAAAGACCUCCAAGGCGGCCAAGAAGGCCCCUAAGGCCAAGAAGGCCACCAAGGCCAAAACACCUCCCCCCCGCGAAGAGAUCGUCGUAUACAAAACGUCAUCGAGUACCAUUAGCCCGGACGAGAUCGAAGAAACGCCCCCAUCUACCGUCAAAGUAGAUCUUCAGGAAUUAAUAGCCCAGCUGUCUAAGGUCCAAGAGGAGCGAAAUCAUCGCCAUCGCCACGAGGGCCGGGUUUAUAAGUCACGCCGCCACCACCACCGCCACCGCCGCAGCCAUCGUCAUCGUCACUCAAACACAUCGGAUUCGAACUCGUCCGACUCUGAGUCGGACUGGGAGGAAAGAAGAGGGGUCCCUUUUCGUCACGCAGAAGAUAAGAAGCCCUCUCUUAGUAUAGCUGAAACGUUCCGAAGUGUGGACGUCGAGUACUUCAAGCAAAUCUUCUUCGGGACCUUCAAGACCAAAAACUUCGCCAAACUGGCCCACAUGCACACUACCCCGGCCAAGGAGGAUAAGGACGUCAAUGGCCAUAACCACAUGCAAACAGAGAGUCGGAUCAGUCUCUCCGUCACACCACCCUCCAGCACUCAAGGCCCCCCUUCCGGCACAAGACGUCAAGACGACUCCUCACCAACGCAGAACGAGUACGACACCAAGACAAAGUGA